AUGGAGAGCCGUAGUAGCGCAGGUGCCGUCGGUGCAUUCGCAGUCUGGGGCAGCUCCCCGUGAGAGAGCGCGCGCGGAGACACUGGAUUUCUUCUCGUCUCAUUUUAUUUUUUUUUAUUUUGGCGGAGGCGUCAUUCGGCGGCUGGAUGGCGUGGGACCGGUGUAACCAAGACUUGGUUUGGAGAGAAAUAGAGUGCGCUGCCCUGGUUGGUGAAGACCAGCCCCUCUGCCCCGACCUGCCUGAACUGGACCUAUCAGAGCUGGACGUUAGUGACCUGGAUGACAGCUUCCUGGGCGGGCUGAAGUGGUACAGUGACCAAUCAGAUGUCAUCUCCAGUCAGUACGGCAAUGAGCCCUCCAACCUGUUUGAGAAGAUAGAUGAGGAGCAGGAAGCCAACCUGCUGGCGGUGCUGACGGAGACGCUGGACAGUAUUCCGGUGGACGAGGACGGCCUUCCCUCCUUCGAGUCGCUAGCUGACGGCGAGGUGCCCCCCCGCAUCGCUGACCACAGCUGCCCCCCAAGCCCCGCCCACUCACCCCACUCCCUGGAGCCCGAGGAACCCUCACUGCUGAAGAAGCUCCUGCUGGCUCCUGCCAACUCCCAGACCAACUACAGCCAGUAUCCACCAGGCAAAGCCCCCAACCAUGCACCCAACCAGAGGCCCCGACACACACACACACCUCUCAAGGUGGAGCAGCCGUGGCUGGGCAAGCGAGGGUGUGUGUCCAUGAGACGGCCAUGCACCGAACUGCUCAAGUACCUGACGUCCGUGGAGGAGGCCACGCCCCCGGCAACCGUCGCCACUUCCUGCUCCUCCUCCCCUUCCUCCCUGUCCAGCGGCUCCUCGGCCUCCUCCACAAAGAAGUCCUCCUUCAGGUCCUCUUCCUCCUCAUGCUCCUCUGCCUCCUCUCCACUUGGCCACGCCCACCUGCUGCCUCAGAGAGCCAAUCCAAGCUCCUUGCCACUUCCCUUGACCCCCGAGUCUCCAACGGACAAGGGAUCUCCGCUUGAGGACAAAGCCAUUGAACGCACACUGAGUGUGGACAUUUCUGGAACCCCAGGACUGACCCCACCCACCACGCCUCCUCAUAAGCCCCGGAGAGAAGAGCAUCCUUUCCCAGACUCCAGCCUGCCUCUGUCUUCGCGGGGGAGUGUCUGUGUGUGUGUGUGUGUGUGUGGGCGGAGCGAGGAGGGGUGUGUGUGUGCGCGUGUGUGUGUGUGUGCUCCGGGGCCCCUCCCCCCACGCAGGCCGCCCCAACAGACGGAGCUCUACGCCCACCUACGCCAGGAUGGUCGCCGUGGCAACAAGCGUCCCGCGUCCCGCGGCUAUGGCGACCAUGACUACUGCCAGCAGCACAGCGCCACCGCUGUUGCCACGGCGACCACAUACGCCACCGCUGCCACGGCAACAGCUGCAGCUCUCCCUCCAGACCCCGCCCCCCCUCGGCCCUCAGGCCACGCCCACAACCCAGCCCACUCCAACAGGACCGCCCGUCUCAGAGACCAGGACAUCCGCGCCGAACUGGACAGGCACUUCGGCCGGAGACCCCAGCAAAGCGAGCAGGACGCAGCGUGUCCUCUAGACCAGCAGGGGGAGAUAGGGCCAAAGAAGGAAGGGGAGGGUCUGAAACAGGAAGAGGAGGGACUGAAGAAGGAUAAUAAGGAUCUGGACAGUGAGCUGGGCGGGGCUGGGAGUCUCGGGGCCCUGGGAUUGGCUGAGCUCUUCUCCUGGGAGGAGGACGGUCAGCUGGACUUGCCGUUUGAGAGCUCCGCCCCCUAUGCCCCCCCCCCACACACACUCGCCCCCCCACAGAGCCUCCCGCUCACGAUCACCACACACACACACCCCCUCAUGGUCUCGUUUCGGUUCGGACCUCAGCUUGGGCAGAUCCAGGUCUCGCAAAAGCCCACAAUCCUACAACAGACGUCCACGUUCCUCCUGCAGGUAUGGCACCAGUGUGGAGCAGCAGGACCAGCGGCCAGCGGAGUUCCAGCACAACAAGGCUGACGGGGAGGGCCAGCAUCAACACGCACUAGAGGAGAGGCGGGUGCUGUACGUGGGGCGUCUGCCUGACAGCACACACUCAGAGCUCAAGCGACGCUUUGAAGUAUUCGGCGAGAAGGAAGAGUGUGCCGUCAACCUCCGAGAUGAUGGACUCCCACUCAGACGACUUUGAUCCAGCCUCCUGUAAGAGCCAGUACGACUGCGUAGACUUUGACAGCCUGCUGCAGGAAGCUCAG